AUGGCUUUAGCCGCAAGCAGGACGCUCUUGGCGCUAUUCGUUACGUUUUGCGCACCAGGAUGCGGAUGGACAGCAGAGAAGCCCCUGCGGACACACAAUGGGAAACAGACCUCUGUGGACAGGGGCCUGAGGGAGAGCUGGGAGCCUUCUAUCCAUCUGGAUGGAAGACCUGUGGACCGCUUCGUAAUCAGCUCCAACAAACCCACGAGAUCUCAUCGCUUAACGAAAGCGGGCAAGGACAGUCGCCCACAUCUAAUGGAGGAUGUAGACCCUGAAUGGGUUAAUCUGGAUGGCUUUGCCGUGUUGGGCGGUGCACCUGUCACCAACUCAUCAGCAGAUCCAGUCAGGUCUUCACAAACUGCGACCAGAAAUCAGCCCUCUGUACAGCGGGCCACCAGAGUGGACAGAACAGCUCACCCAUCAGGCGUCUCUAAUACCCGGACACACAGGAGGGCGCCUCAAUCCUCCUCAGGUCCCAGGCAGCCUGAAAGAGCUUUGGCCGGAACCCCGCUGUUGGAAAGGAGACGUCAGCACCACACCAAGCCUCAGUCAGAUCAGAGGAACCGAAACACAGCCAAACUAACAUCUGAGUCCGUUCAUGUGGUGUCACUGCAGGCACAGAAAGCCCAGGGCCAGAGUGCACCCGCCAACAGAGCAGUCGUAACCAAAACAACCACACCAGAGCCACCAGAGUACGAGGCUCGGGACAUCAGUGUCAGGGUCAUGUCUCCUCAGUCUGUCCUCAUCUCCUGGGUUGACCCUGCGGUCGAGAUGGGAAAAGUUGCCCCUGGGGCAUCCAGAUCCUACGCAGUUAGGUACAGGGAGAAGGGUGAGUCAGCACGCUGGGAGUACAAGGACAGCACCCAGAGGAGAAUGAUGAUUGACACCCUGUCUGCUGACGGCAUGUAUGAGUUCUCUGUCAGAAUCUCCCAGGGAGAAAAUCAUGGCAAGUGGAGCGUCUCUGUCUUUCAGAGGACCCCUGAGUCAGCACCAUCUGGACCACCGGAGAACUUCGAGGUCAAGCCACUGCGAGGGAAAGGAACUGCUGUCGUUGCAACAUGGGAUCCACCUGAGGAACCCAACGGGAGGAUAAGAGAGUACAUCCUGUCUUAUGCUCCUGCUAUGAAGCCAUUUGGAAUGAAAAGUGUGACGCACCGUGGCAGCAGCAACACAGCCACCGUAGAUGGCCUCACACCAGGAGACCGGUACAUCUUCAAGAUUAGAGCCACCAACAGGAGGGGACAGGGACCACAGAGCAAAGCCUUCAGUGUUGCCAUGCCGGGAUCCAUCAGCACUGCCUCGUCGUUCUCAAAAACCAAGGACACCCGCAGGACCGGCCACACUCCUUCCAAACAGGAUACUGACCAUGAUGAGUCUGACCUCUUGUCAACAGAGGAGCCAGACACACCCCCGCAGCCACGCCCUGCUGCAUCUGUCAACAGGCAUGUACGCCCGCUUUCCCAGACACGCUCCUAUCACAGCAUCUUCUCUUCUGUAAGAGGCUCAGUCAGGAACACAGCAAACAGAGGUUCAUCCAGAGGAAGAACUCAAGAUAGAGAAGAUGAAGAGCAAGACGAAGAGCAAAUACCCACAACCCCCCCUCCAGUAGAAGAGACAACAACCAUGGAGGUUGUACCGGAGACAGAAGAGCCAGACAACGAUGUUUCCCCUGAAUCUGAGGAUGAAGAGGGAUAUGGUGAAGAGCCCCAGACUACUGAGACCCCCAGCCUCAAAGUUUUGACGCCCUCACCUGCUAAACCUGCUCGCCCAGCCAGAAGGCCCAUUAAGAUCAGGGUCCAUCAAAAACCCUCCUCAUCUUCUUCUCCCUCUACCUCCUCGUCAUCCUCGUCAUCCUCACCUUCUUCAACCUCAUCAUCAUCUUCUUCACAUAUUCAAGAGUCAGCAGUCAGUAGAAAGGACAAUGUAGCUUCUUUAUACCCGGAAAACAAAGACACCUACGAUAAGGUGAGCAUAACACACAGCAAACCUUCAACUCCAGUUGUAAUAAAAACUGAUUCACCGCAGUCUGGGGCUACACCUGUAGGUAGGGGUUCAGCUUCAGGAGGGCGCACCAGUGGGUCUGGUUUUGGUUCUAGAUAUGGUUACAGCCGAAGACAUCCUGGAAUUUUGGUUAGAGGGAAUUCAACCCGAAUGCUGAAUGGUUACAAACCUGCCAUCACCUCACAGUCAAAUCUACCAAGCAGAACUCCAAACCAAGCAACAACAAACACACGUUCUUCAGCAACAUCACAAUCCACUGUUCCAGACAGGACUCAAAACCACGAAACAUCGCAUACGUUCAAUCCAACGGCAUCAAAGUCAACUUCAGGAAGUGCUUCUAACGGCCAAGCAACAUCCGGUACAUAUAAUUUCGACAAGUCACAGACCAGGUCACAGUCCAGGUCACACGGCUCUGCGACGUCAGAUACACACAGCUCAAGCGCUAAUCCAUCCACUUCACAAAGCAGCUCACAGCACCCAUCUACUGCAGGAUCAGGCUCUUCUCAGUCAACGUCACACGGAGGAUCUCACAGCUCUGCAACUUCACACAACACACACAAUUCAGAGAGUUCACACACAUCGCCUGAGCGAGACACAGCAUACGGUGAGGGAGGUGAUGCCAAUAGAAAUAAAAACACAGAUACAGAAACAAGCGAAGUUGAAGAGCCUACUUCAAGCUCUAUAAGACAACCCACAGAAGAGCAAGGAAGGGAGGAGGAGGGAAGGGAAGAGAGGACUAAUGUAAAUCCUGGGGGUUCUCGUACCAGAAUUAGCUCCUCAUUUGCCGAAAGAUUCCCUUGGCUAGCUAGUCGUUAUCCAGGCCGGUUCAAUUCAGGAACAAGGACGUCAUCUUCCAGGCAGGAUGGUAGGACCCCAUGGACCAGGACUUCUUCCUCUAUAGGGGCUGGCAGACCCAUCAUGAGGGGAACAUCCACUAGGGUCUCAGGGGCCACGGGUGCUGCUGGAGUGUCCUCAUUACAGGAGACCAGUGAAGAUCUGAAGACUCCUUCCACUCAUGAUUCACUAAAGAAUGGGGUUGGGGUGGGCUCGGUUAAGCCUUCUGUGACCGAUAAAAGUACAGCACCUAUUGACACUAGAAACCCAACUACCUCAUCCUCCUCCUCCUCCUCUUCUUCUUCAGCUUCCUCUUCAGCGUCCACGUAUCCAAAUUCUCAUCAUUCCUCAGGUGGGCACAGAGACUCAAGUGAGCCCAUUCAUAGAGGAACAUCUGAUGACACUGACAGCAGUCAUGGUAAGGACUAUGAUGAUGAGAGGAGUAGAGAAAAUCGUGGGAAAGUUGCAGACCCCACAGUCGCCCAGAAGAAUCCUGCUGUAACAUCAGCUGACCCUGACAGAAACGCAGAGGACAACGAGAGUGUGGAUACGAGGGAAACUCCUUCGCGGACCAGGACCGGCACAUCUUUUGGAAUCACACCGACUCACCGUCGACCUGGCGUAGGGGUGAAUGGGAGGGUACGCUCUCCUCUGUUGGCUAGCAGGCAGUUUGGUGGGUCCAGGCUUCCCAUCAGACCACAACCAGCACAGAACUCAAGGCUGGGUUCCUCAACAUCAGGAUCAUCCUCAUCAUCGUCUGAUUCCUCUUCUUCAUCAAAUUCACCCCAGACAGCGUUGACCUCAGGUCGCGAAGCUGGCACUGGCACUACUGUGACGAGGACAGGGGGAAUAAUUGGAGGAAACUCUCCUUCAACAUCGUCAUCUUCAUCAUCCUCAUCAUCUUCAUCUAGAGACAGUUUUAGGGGACAGGGGGGAAGGCCUCGGUAUCCUAUCUCCAGAGGGAAACCAACCAAUGGAGGAGCAGUCAAACCUGCCAAUGGAAAUGGUAAAAAUGGGCGGCCCAACCUGACAGCAACAGAUGAUAAAGAUUCCUCCUCCUCUCAAGGAAUCAGUAAAGCUGUUGGUCAAAGAUUUAUCACUGGACCUGAUGGAACCAAAUGGGUGGUAGAUUUGGAGCAAGGGGUUCUCAUGAACCAGGAUGGACAAGUUCUCCAGGACUCCAAUGGCAAACCCAAGAGAGUGGUGCUUGGCGAGGAUGGACGCACAAUUUUUGACCACAUGGGCAGUCCUCUGGUGAACCAGGAAGGUAUGGCUCUGUUCGGCCAUGGCAGAGAUAGCCGGCCUGUGAUCAACCCCAAAGACAAGGUCCUCAUGGUUGGAGGGAAACCUGUACUUGGCUUGGACCUGCCUCACCUCAGGACUUCCACCACCACCACCACAACCACCACCACCACUACUACUACCAUGGCUCCUACUACCACACCUGAACCCACCACCACCGAAUGGCCAGAGGAGACUAGCACUGCACUUCCAUUCCCAACCUGCCCACCUGGAACCUUCUCCAAAACAGAUGAAUAUGGGUAUCCAGUGCUGGAUCCAGAAGGAAUAUUGGACUGUUAUCCAGAAGAGGAAUCAUCAGGAAUGGAAAUGGACCACAUGGUUACAGUGACCAUGGUGCCUGAUGCUUUAGCUCUUAAGAAAGAUGAGCUUUUUGUCCAGACCACCCUGCCGCCGACCACCACCACCACCACCACCACCACCACCACCACAACAGCAACAACCCCCACCACCACAGAGAUGGCAACUCCGCCGCCACGCGCCAGACCCAUGAACCAAGGCCCUUCAUCUGAGUUUGACCUCAGUGGGAAGAAGCGAUUCACAGCUCCCUAUGUGAACUACAUCCGGAAGGACCCGGGUGCUCCUUGCUCCUUGACAGAGGCUCUGGAGUACCUACAGGUUGACGUCCUUGAAGACCUUAUGAAGAAGGACAGCGUGGCAGCCAGUCAGAGACAGCCUCCCAAAAACAAGCCCCAUAACUUCACUAUUGUCGCCAUGGAGGGCUGCCAUUCAUUCAUCAUCCUGGAUUGGGCCCGCCCACUGAAAGGGGAUAUGGUGUCAGGCUACAUGGUUCACAGUGCUUCAUACGAUGAUGUCCUCAACAAUAGAUGGUCCUCUAGAGCCUCCAGCGGGACACAUCUGCCUGUGGAGAAUCUCAAACCCAACUCUAGGUACUACUUCAAAGUGCAGGCCAAGAAUGUGUUUGGUUUGGGACCAGUCAGCGAUACACUCACCUAUGUCACUGAAUCAGACGAUCCUCUUCUCAUUGAAAGGCCACCUGGUGGAGAGCCAAUCUGGAUCCCUUUCACCUUCAAAUAUAACUCCGCCCACAGCAGCUGUAAGGGCAGCCAGUAUGUCAAGCGGACAUGGUACAAGAAGUUUGUGGGCGUGGUUCUGUGUAACUCUCUGAGAUACAAGAUCUUCAUGGGAGACGGUCUUCGAGAGCCUUUUUACAGUAUAGGAGACACAUUUGGACAGGGAGAGGACCAUUGCCAGUUUGUCGACUCCUACAGGGAUGGAAGGACGGGCCCGGCCUACCUCUCUAAUAAUCUGCCCACAGCACAAGGGUUUUAUCGUGCAUACAGACAGGAGCCAGUCACAUUUGGAGUUAUUGGCAGACGUACAUCCCAUCCGUUCGUGGGUUGGUAUGAAUGCGGGGUGCCCAUCCCCGGGAAGUGGUAACACAGGAGGAGGAGGAGGAGACAUUGUUACCAAGGGCAACUGUUCUGCAUCCUGCUGCAGGCUCACACCUUCUCUGGUCCUGCCCUUGAACACAGACUUUUGCCUGCCAGAAGAAAAAGACACCACUACAAGUUUAUUACAGCUUCACAGAAAGAGAAUAUAGUACUUUUAAACAACUCAGUGUAUAUCAUUACGAUGCACUUUUUAUAUAAAGCAGUUUGUAUAUGAGGGAAAAAGAGGCAUGUGUGCUCUUGCUUAGUUUAACUCCUUUCUGAAAGUGUCCUUGUACUAUUCCAAACUGUCCCGAUGACAGGUCCUUACCCAGUGUUAUUUAUCUCAUCAAAUAAUGCACACACAUGGUCAAACCAGUGACAUUGGACCAAAGCACAAGCUGCAAAGAAAACUGUAAGAAUGGGCACUUAGAGUGUGUAUAGGUCUGUUAAUUUUCAGUUGUGAGAUUCGUAUUUCAUAAUGUAAUGGCUUCUGACAGCUACUUUUUGUUUAUUUGUGUUCUAAAAUCAGCAUACAGUUUUUUACACCCUUUUGGUAUUCACCAGAAUUCAUUAAGAGUUACUGUGUAAGUUUUGUAUGUGUACGGACAAAGAAUAAAAGACCAAAUAUUUGCUCAGGAACUGUGGGAGAUUGAAUAAAGGCGCUAUGGAAACCA